AAAAAGAAAAUGGCUGUCCCUUUCUCUCUCUUGCCCACCCUGCCCGGUUGCCUACUUUCACAUUUCAAGCCUGCCCGUUGUUGAAAAACUUUCUCUUUCACAUGCAAUAAUCUCCCACUGAUUCUCUCCUCAACCUACAGCCCCUUUGGACUGAAUUUCAGAACUGGGUUUUUGUUGCUUUUAGUCAUUUACUUAUGUUCUUGUGUUGAUCCUUUUGUUGUUUUCAUUGAAAUCUAUGAUAUUGUUCUUUUGGUUCAAUUUAUGAUGUUGGGUUUCAAAGUCUUCAAUUAUUGGAGGUGAGGUUGCUUGAAGUGGCUUUUUAUUUUUAUUUAUUUAUUUUUCAUGAAGUUUGAAACUUUGGGGAACUUUUGAGUAUGGAAACUUCUUGGUAAGAGUUUGUGGAAGAUGGGGUUUAAGAAUAAUGCAAUUCAGGCAGGGAGUUUGGAUGUGGGAAAGUCAAAGGGAAGGAUGGAGAAGGAUAGUGAUGAAAAGAAGAUUGGAUGUUGCGGUAAAUUCAGUUUAAUUGGGAGCUGCAUACCUUCAAGAUCAAAGGUUGAUAACUCCAUAAGUGGCACUAGUGCUCACAGUGUGGAAAAAACACCUGCACGUGAGAAAAGCAAAAAGGAAGCAAGUGCUCCUCCAGAGUCCUCUACAACUACUAGUAAUGCAGAAAGUAUCCCUUCCACUCCAAAAGUAAGUGAGGAGUUGAAGGUUUCUUCUCGUUUGAGAAAAUUCACAUUCAAUGAGCUUAAGUCGGCAACUAGGAAUUUCAGACCAGAGAGUCUUCUUGGCGAGGGAGGGUUUGGUUGUGUCUUCAAGGGUUGGAUUGAGGAGAAUGGAACUGCACCUGUGAAACCGGGUACUGGGCUUACCGUUGCAGUCAAGACCCUCAACCACGAUGGACUUCAGGGUCACAAAGAGUGGCUUGCUGAGUUAAAUAUUCUCGGUGAUCUUGUCCAUCAAAAUCUGGUUAAAUUGGUUGGUUUCUGUAUUGAAGAUCACCAAAGAUUGUUGGUUUAUGAGUUUAUGCCCCGUGGAAGUUUGGAGAACCAUCUCUUCAGAAAAGGGUCCUUGCCUCUUCCGUGGUCUAUCAGAAUGAAAAUUGCACUUGGUGCUGCAAAAGGUCUUAAUUUUCUCCAUGAAGAAGCUCAAAGGCCCAUAAUCUAUCGCGAUUUCAAGACAUCUAAUAUUCUACUAGAUGCGGAAUACAAUGCGAAGCUCUCUGAUUUUGGUCUUGCCAAAGAUGCUCCUGAAGGGGAAAAGACACACAUAUCAACAAGAGUUAUGGGAACAUAUGGUUAUGCAGCUCCCGAGUAUGUGAUGACUGGACAUUUGACAUCAAAAAGUGAUGUCUAUAGUUUCGGAGUAGUGCUACUUGAAAUGCUCACUGGCAGGCGAUCCAUCGAUAAGAAUAGACCAAAUGGGGAACACAAUCUUGUGGAGUGGACAAGACCUCUACUUGUAGACCGGAGGAAAUUCUUCCGAAUAAUUGAUCCUCGCCUUGAAGGUCACUUCUCUGUUAAAGGGGCUCAGAAGGCUGCCCAGCUGGCUGCUCAAUGCCUUUGCCGUGAUCCGAAAUCCAGACCUAUGAUGAGUGAAGUUGUUCAAGCUCUAAAGCCUUUGCAAAACCUCAAGGAUAUGGCUAUCUCUUCUUAUCACUUCCAGGUUGUGCGUGUAGAUCGUACCAUGUCCAUGCCAAAUUCUAAAAAUGGUAUGCAAACACAGUUAGCAUCAUCUUUAUCGAGGAAGGGUCAACCUGUAAGGAUCUUGUCUAGUCCAAAUGGUCCACAUGCUUCUCCUUAUCAUCAUUAUGUCAAGUCACCAAAACCUAGUGGAUGAGAAUCAAAGUCCACUCUCUUUAAUUUGCUUUUCUAUUCAUUCAGUUCCCUCAACUUAGACUCAUCAGCUGAACAGAAACUGUUGUGUUUUGAGAAUUGCUUUAAAACUUGAGGAAUCAUUAAAGUUUUCUGUCAUUAUAUUAUCUCAAACAAGGUGGGGGAGCCGUAAGACAGUUUACUGUUAUAUCGUGACGACCUUGUUGAUAGAAGGUGAAAAGAAAAGAAGCAUACACAGCACAGCUUUCAUGUGGGGAAUUUGAUAUAGUGAAGUUGUUAUACUUUCUCCACCUUUCCUUAGUCUUCCUUCUUUCCAGAGUGUAUUUUUGUAAAGAAAACAGGUGGUGGUGUUAACUCAUGUUUAUUCAUAGAUAUUUACAUACUCAUUCGUCAAUAUACUUUUCAGUAAAUACUUACUAAUGUAAUUAAAUGUUAUACUUGUACGAGAAACAUGCUUGAUGCUAGAGUUUGGAAUGACUUAAAAGUU